AAAUAACUUCAGUAUUUUUCCUGUUGACUGUCGUCUUGCCAACGUUAAACCUGCCACAGUGCCACGUCUGAUUUACUUAAAAGUUCAGUGACUAAACAAAAGUGGAAAUCAUGAAAAUUCUGUGGGUCCUGCUGUCUUUUUCUUUCAUCACUGUUGGAGUCUUUGCACUACCCCCUGGAAACCCUCCAGUCUCUGAAAAUGGUGAAACUGGAGCGCAAAUGCCAAACGUGAGUAGAGCUGCCUCAGAAGCUGAGGCAUCUGGCAGUGCUACGGCCAAAGAGGAUGGGAAUACUACUGGGACCGAAAAAAAUGAAAACAUUCAAGAUUCGGGACAAGGUCCAAGUAAAUCUUCAGAUAGCUCACCUGGUAUGAAUAGCUCAGUAGACAUGAAAUCCUUAUCACCCAAGCCCGAAGCAAGCAGCAAUACUACAACACCUGCACUAUUGAGUGCCAUAAAAACAGAUCAAGGAAACACUGAAGUGACUCAGAAUUCUGAGGUUGCUAAAAAUUCUCCUGAAAAAGCAAAGACAGAUGUCCAAAAGAGCAAAGAACCUGAGGUACGUCAGAAGCCAGUUGCUGGAGGCCCUAGUAAAGCACCAUCAGAGACUGAGGUUCAGAAGAAUAGUACAUCAAGUGUGACAAAGUCAACAAGUGCUCCUGUUACGUCUGUCAGCAAAAAGGAGGACGAUGCAGAUAAAAAUGAUGCCCCUGCUCCAACGGAAGAGAAGAAACCAGAAGCCACCGACAGUAACGAAGGCAAAAACACUAAUGCGAAAGGUGACUCUAACGUUGCUUCUAAAGAAGAAGAUAUGGGCAACCCAGAGUCAACGGUAGCUCCCCCUGUAAAGGUAAACCAAGGCACUGAUGAUAAAGAACCCUUGGCAAAGAGCCCAGAAGUUCACAAGAGCUCAAUGGAACCCCUCUUCACAUACGAUGACGACAAUGGGGGGGGGUGGGGAUGGUUCUGCUGGCAUUGA